AUGGAGUGUGCAGGAAGAGCACUGAGCUUCUGGGCAUACCAGACAACGCAAGAAAUCGUUUACCAGCGAUAUCUUGAGAAGACUCUGACGGAAAAGCUCAAGUCGGUAGACAUGAAGCUCCAGAAGGCCGUAGACGACGCCAACACAGAGAUUGCAAGUCUUCAAGAAAGAAUACAAGGCAAGUCUGCCAGCAAGACCGCCCCUCUGCCUUCGAGCAUGCUUGCUGAUAUACUAGCAGCCCUUUCAGAAGACUACGAUGAUGUGCGACGCAAACACGAAGAGCUUGCAUAUGCUUACCAACACAAGUGCCGCAAGCUCACACAGGUCCAAGAACUCUACGACCGGGUAAAAAGAAAGGCCGAGCUAGGGCAGAUGGAGGCCGCUGCGGUAGAUGCGGUUGACUCGAGUCUCCAGCAUGUCACGCAGGCUCCCGACUCUAAUAUCUCGGAGCCUGCUGCAAGCAGACAGAGCCUGCGAACUACGGCACUCAUCGCCCUAUCGGAUCGGACCUAG